UCCCUUUGCAGGAAAUCAGUUGAACAACAUCGGCGUAAAAAACAAGCAGGCUACAGUUUUCCCUUUUCAAACUACAAAACUUUAUUAACAGCUGGAAUUAUGACUGAAUACAAAAGUGCGAGUGGGAAAGGUUUCUUUGACACCAACGUUUACGCGGAUGUGAAGGAUUAUUAUGGAAAGAGGGUGAAGACAACGUCAGACCUGCAGAGUAAAGCCUGCGUGGCUCCAGUUCAGCCCAUCCCAGCCUACGUUCGUGAGGCUUUGAAGAAAGUUCACCCUGAAAUUACCGCCAGGUACUAUGGCUGUGGUCUGGUAGUCCCAGAGAGCAUGGAGGGCUGCAGGAUACUCGACCUGGGGAGUGGAACUGGGAGGGACUGCUACAUGUUGAGCAAGUUAGUGGGCGAGAAGGGCCAUGUCACUGGUAUUGACAUGACUGAAGGCCAGCUUGAAGUGGCCAGAACAUUCUUGGAUUAUCACAUGGAAGCGUUUGGCUACAAGAAGCCAAAUGUCAGUUUUGUCCAGGGCUACAUUGAGGCCUUGACUGAGGCAGGUCUGGAAAAAAACUCCUUUGAUAUCAUCAUAUCCAACUGUGUGGUGAAUCUCUCUCCAGACAAGAAGCGGGUGUUGGCGGAAGCUUACAGUGUACUCGUGGGUGGUGGUGAGCUGUACUUCAGUGACAUCUACGCCAGUGGAAGACUAACCGAGGAAAUUAAAAAUCACAAACUGCUGUGGGGUGAGUGUCUUGGCGGCGCGCUCUGGUGGAAAGACCUGCUGCAGCUGGCGGGUGAAGUGGGUUUCUGCACGCCACGCUUGGUUACAGCCAACAUGGUUGAUGUCAAAGAACUGCAGGAUGUUCUGGGUGACUACAAAUUUGUUUCUGCCACAUACCGACUGUUCAAAGCCCCUAAAGGCGACACCAAGACCAGUCAGGUCAUAUAUAAUGGAGGCAUUACUGGGGCAGAGAAAGUUUUCCAGUUUGACUGUCAAUACACCUUCAAGGCCAAUGAAGUGGUGGAAGUGGAUGGAGGGGUGGCUAGCAUCUUGACACAUUCCAGAUUUGCAGGGGACUUCACUUUACAGCCACUGGGAAGCUCCCAGAAGGCCUGCUGUGGCAAACCUAAGGCAGACAUUGUGGAUCCUUUUGAGCUGGCCCUUCAGUUGGGAGAGCAAAGCCCUGGUCCAACCACAGGGGGAUGCUGCAGCACACGGUCUGCUGACUGCUGCAAAUGAUGGUUGGAAGAGCGCUGAGAAGUGGAGCCCAGCAUCAUACUGCUUGUCCAUGCUAACAGUAGUCCAGCUGAUUGCUGUGUAACUGCACUAUUUUGUAAUUUAACUUCUCUAAUGGCAUUUCAGAAACUUUAUUUGAUUAUUAAUCAUUUGUGUUUGCCUGAUAGUUGGCAAAUAAUUAAUUAGAACCUGAUUGUGUACUAGGAUGUUUUUUAACCAUGAAGGAAGACAUGGGGAAAAUUGCAAAUUAGAUCUCAAAAUGUGCAAGUGCAACUAAAUAUUAUGUUCUAUGUUUUCUUGCAGUGACCAACCUUAAUUUGUACACAUAACUGUGUUGCAAACAUGAUUUAAAGCUUCGUGUCAAAGCUAGAUUCAAAUAUCUGAAAUUAGUCAGAACUUUUAAAUGAUCUCUAACAGAAACUAAGUACUUUGUUUUCUAAUUGAUAGUAAACUAUCUGAACACA